CAUCACUUUGAAGAAAUGGCGUCUGCUGCUCUUCGUUCAGGGCGGAAAGUUCUCUGCAAAUCGCCCUUAAUUCGGCGGUUUUAUUCUAAACCAGUUUUGUAUGAUCAUGUAAUAGAUCGUCGGAUUAGUAAUCCAGCAAAGGUUCUGACAGAAAGUGACCUAUGGGAGGAUUACAAUUCACUGAAAAGUUACUGCGAGGGUUAUGCUGCAAACCACACAUUUAAAGUCGACCCAAAGACUGUAUUUGCCAACAACGAAGUAAGCUUGGACGAUAUUGAGGUGUAUGGUUUUGACUAUGAUUACACGCUGGCUUGUUACAACGAUGCAUUACAUCAUCUCAUCUAUAAACAGGCUCUUGACAAUCUGAUCCUGAAAAAAAAGUUUCCGCCUGGUAUCCAGGAUAUGCCUUACAAUCCAGAUUAUCCAAUCAGAGGACUCCAUUUCGACACACAAAAGGGUGUUCUUUUGAAAGUUGAUGCUUUUCAUCACAUACAGCUUGGUACAGUGAGGAGAGGUUUGCAGGCAGUAAGCAAUGAAGAAGUCAUUGAGAUGUACGGUGGAACCCAUAUACCUGACGAAAUGAUAGUUGAUCGCAGUAUGCAUGGCUAUGAGAAAGGUCUUCGUCAGCUGAUGGAUAUGUUUGCUACAGCUGAGAUGUGUCUUCUCGUCAAUGUCAUAGAGUUUUUAAGGACACGAGGAUUUGACUAUGAUGCUGAAUAUCUCUUUCAUGAUAUUCACAAUGCUGUGAAAGAGGUACAUUACUCCGGAUCAAUGCACGCUGAAGUUGCCAACAAUGUCCAUGAAUAUCUUCAGAUGGAUACCGGCAUUCCUGAACUUCUUCAAAGACUGCACGACGCAGGGAAACAACUCUUCCUUAUCACCAAUUCAGAAUUUGCAUUUGUGAAUAGUGGAAUGUCCCACCUCAUUGGAUCUGAUUGGGCUAACCUCUUCGACAUCAUUGUAACUCAGGCUAGGAAACCACAGUUCUUCAACGAUACCGCAAGGCCUUUCAGAUCAAUCUACAGGAAAACGGGGACGCCAUCUUGGGCCAAAGUCACAGAACUCAAGAAAGGAAAGAUAUAUCUUGAGGGCAAUGUAGAGCAGUUUACCCAACUUACAAACUGGCAUGGAUCAGGUGUGUUGUACUUUGGAGACCAUGUGUAUAGUGAUUUGGUGGAGCCAUGUUUGAAGAACGGCUGGAGGACAGGUGGUAUUAUACCGGAACUUGAUGUGAGUAGCCUUAUCUUGCUUUUCAUGUUGGAUUUAUGAUGAUAAUAAGACAUAGAACUUGUA